CUACCCCUGCAUUUACCUCUAUAUAAGACGGUGAGGCCUGCUGAUAAGAUUUCAGUGUUCAGACAAACUCGGCCAUGCGGUGUAAAGUCCUUCUCAGUCUCCUCCUUCUGGCUCUCGUAAAGUCUGUCUCCUCCAGCACAGUAUGGGUCCAUCAGAACAGCUCUGCCCUGCUGCCCUGCUCCGUGUCUCUGUCUCUGAUCAGCAACUCGUCCCUCCUGGAGGUAGCCUGGGUGUCUGACGGUGAGCUCCUGGCCUCCCACAGUCCCUCUGGAGCGUUCCUGAGCGACGGCUUCAGCUGGGAUCCCAGCCUGUUCGCUAAUGGGAACUUCUCGUUGACGGUCGAGCGUGCUUCUUGGAGACAGCAGGGGACGUAUGUGUGCCAGACCCUCUACAACUCCUCAGAGCUGUCCUCCAGCAACGUGACUCUGGGUGUUGAAGUCCCCCCCUCCCUCUCUGUGGUCUCCAGGGUGGUGGUUCUGGACGUGGAGGGCGAGUUGACAUGUCUGGCAGAAGGUUUCAAUCCUCCUCUCAUCAACUUCACCUGGAGCAGGGAGGGGGAGGUCGUGGGGGGCGGGCUGGUGGUCGCUGCUGAGCGCGGCCCCGGGGGGCUGUACCGGGCGACUGGGGGGCUGACGGUGUUCCCCUCUCUGGACGACCAGAACGUCACCUUCGCCUGUCAGGUCACCCACGUCGCUCUGGAACAACCCCUCAGUGUGGCGUUCCAACUCAGCUUCGUAUACCUCCCUGUCGUGCGUCUCUCCACCAUCCCCUCUUCCUCCCGUGACACCCCUCUCACCCUCUCCUGUGACGUUGAGGGCUUCUACCCGGAGGAGGUGUCCGUGUCCUGGGUACAGAACGGCUCGGCGCUCCCUGACCCCCGGCUGAGCGAGCAGGGCCCAGACGGGACCUUCAGCACCAGGCGCUUCUACACCCUGAGCCCCGCCCAGAGGGAGCAGGCCGGGGAGGUGGGGUGUGUGGUCAGACAAGCCGGCCUCUCCCAGAUCUCCUUCGCCUCGGGGCACCUGGAGGAGCUGGACCCUGUGGCCGUGGAGGACCCAGUGCUGACCAAGUCAGCGAAGGCAUCUGUGGCUCUGAUGUGCAUCUCUCUGGUGCUCGUGCUCCUGCUCUGCUUCGGGUUCUCCUGGAGGAGGAGGGAUGAGAAGCUGAAGUCUCUGAUGGUCUCAGGGAUCAUCCUCCCUCCCCGGGUCAUCGUGGGUCAGAAGGGUCGUGUCACCCUCAGCAUCGAGGGUCGGAUGGUGGACCGCGUCCAGACCGCCUGGUUCCUCAACGACACGCCCAUCUCUGACACCUCCCUCAGAGUGUCAGAGAAGGGCCCUCUGCUGCCCCCCGCUGGUGAGCAGGGGUACUACAAGCUGCACGCCCCUCGUCCUCUCGUCUCGACCAGCGGCUCCUCCCAGCAGCUGCUCUCCUCUCUCUCCUUCAUGCCUCAGAUCUCCGUCCACAAGGGGGCGGUGUUCCGGUGCCAGGUGUCCUACAUCGGCAAGGACAAGGUGGUGGCUGAGAGGGUAUCAGAGAAGUUUACUAUCCUAGCCGCUCCAGAGGUGUCUGAGAUCCAGCUGACUGAGGCAGGAGAUGACUCAGGCGUGGUGACCCUGACGGUCCAGGCCUCCCACUUCCACCCCGACAUCAUCACCUUCCGCUGGUUCUGUCAGGGGGGGGAGCUGAGCCCUGUGGCCUCCCAGGCCGGCUCCGCCCCCAGGCCCGACGCCCAGGGCUUCUUCUCUGCCUGGAGCUGCUGCAGGCUGCCCAGGAGCGAGCUGGAGAGCGGGGGCACCAAGGUGUGGGUGAGCAUCCACCACACCGCCCUCAAGCAGCCUGUCACCCGCGAGACCAGAGGGUUCAUCAAGAGGCCCAGAGUGUCAGAAAUAGUUAGCUCCGCCUCCUCGUCCCCGGAGCGACCUCUGACCCUCCUGGGCUGUGACAUCACCGGCUUCUACCCUGCCGACAUCAGCGUGACCUGGCUGAGGCUGGGGGAGGGAGAGGAGGAUGACCGCGAGGAGGAGCCGGAGGAGGGAGGAGAGCUGUGGGGGCCGGUCCUCACCCACCCUGACGUCUACCGGGCCUCCGCUACCCUGAGGAGAGAGGGGAGACGAGGAGGAGGAGGGGUGAUAUGCAGAGUGGAGCACUGUUCCCUGGAUGAGCCCAUUGAGAGAUGCUGGAGGAACAUACCCAUCGCUGCCCCCUCCAUCCCUCCCUCCCUCUCUGUCUCCUGGACCAGCGAAGGUGUUGGCGUGUUCUCCCUGCUGCUGUCGGGGGGGCACCCCAGGCCCACCCUGCUCUGGGCAGCAGGGGGCGCCACCCUCUCACCUCUGGGCUCCACGGAGACGGAGGGAAAGGGGGAGGACGGGGAGAGGGAGCUGAGGAGUGUGUGCGGCCUGGAGAGAGCCAGCACGGGGCAGCGUGUCGCAGACAGACAGAUGGGUCAGACACACAACAGACACGCUCUGAAGACCCAGGCGGCGGUCUCAGACCCAGACGCUGAGGGCAUCCAGUUCAUCGACGAGAAGCUGGACGCAGACAACAAAAACAUAGACAGAAAGAAGGUGGUGCCGGCGGAGGUGGAGGGAGAGACAGAGGCCCUGCACAUCAACAGGGUGUACCUGUCGAGGGGGCCCAGAGGGGAGGAGAGGGAGCCUCUGAGAGUGAGCGUGGAGGUCACACACCCUGCCUUGGCCCUGGCAGUGCACCGGACAUGGACAGAACCUACCACAGAAGUUUCGCCUUCAUGUUGAACCACCCCUGACAACGAUCACCCCUGACAACGAUCACCUUUUUAGACCUCUAUAACGUCUCUAACCGGCACUAACAUUUAUUAUUUCUUUAUUUCUUUAUAUAAAUAUAUAUAUUCUUAAUCUCCUAUAGUACUGUAAUAGGAUUGUAUACAUCAAGUAAUUUUGCUUUUAGUAUUUUUGCACAAGGUGUGCUACAGUGAUCGACUUGCUGGAUUGUGAUGUCUGGGUCAGAAUCGCACACUCAGUGUAAAUGUGUAUUUAGACAUUAAAACGAUUUCAUGUUUUUUA